AUGAACCCGAAGGCCAUAAUGCAUACACGGCUUUCAAUAUUAGCCGAUCAACUCUUUACAAAACCUCCAUCAGCUUGUCGUAAUCAUAGUCUGGCUAGGGGUAUCGAAGAUUUGGCUGCGAAUAUUACCAUCAGCAUAUUCAACGAACCCAAACUUCUUUACUUCUCGAAUUCUACCAACGUCUUCUCGUAUUCCCCGAAAGAUCAUUACCUCUCAUAUGGCAUCGCAUUUUUCUUCAUUUGUCUUAGUACAAUCCUUGGUUUACACGCUUUCUACACUAAUGGUGUUGUUCACAGCACAGCACUGUCGGUCAUUAUAGCCACGACGAGGAACCCGGAUCUCGAUAUUCUUGCCGGUGAGAAUUUGGUAGCUAACGCAUCAUUGAGUAAGAAUAUUAGAAAUGUAAAGUCAAGGUUGGGCGUGAUGAGGGGGGAAAGACCAGGGGAGGAGAGAGUGGCGUUGGUUAGACCCGAAGAAGUGAGGGAAUUGAAAAAGGGAUGGGUUUUGGACCCGGGCGGGCUACUUGCGUGCAAUGUGUUAUAG